AUGAUAGCAGAAUUGAAUAACAAUACCGACCACGAAUCCUGGUACAGACUAAACAAAGUUAUCGGCAAUGGCUCUUUUGGCAUAGUUCAUGAGGCUUAUCUCAUCAAAACCAAUGAGCAAGUCGCGAUAAAAAAAGUCUUACAGGACCCUCGGUACAAAAAUCGUGAGUUGACAAUAAUGAAAGAUUUAAGACACCCGAAUAUCAUAAAGCUGAGAGAUUACUACUUUACAGUGCAGUACAACAACUCAACCUCUUCAACAACCCCUUCAAAUAACCAAACAAAGACGACGGCAAAGACCAAUGGCGAGGAAAAGUACCUCAAUUUGGUCAUGGAGUACAUGCCAGACACAGUUCACAAAGUAAUGCGCACCUACUUCAAAUCCCUUGGGUUCGUUCCUCUUAACUUGAUCAGGACUUACGCCUUCCAGAUCUGCAGAGCGUUUGGAUACCUACACUCCAUGAACAUAUGCCACCGUGACCUGAAACCACACAACUUACUCGUGGACCCCUUUACCAAUGUGUUAAAAUUAUGCGACUUUGGAAGCGCAAAAAAACUCGUAAAGGGUGACUGGAGCGUGUCGUAUAUAUGCAGCCGCUUCUACAGAGCACCUGAGUUGAUGCUUGGAUCCAAUGAAUAUACCACUGCUAUAGAUUCUUGGUCCAUAGGAUGCGUCUUGUCUGAGCUGUUACUGGGAAGACCGAUAUUCUGCGGUGAUACGUCGAUCGAUCAAUUAGUCAAAAUUAUACAAAUUCUAGGAACGCCUAGCAUACCUGAAAUGAAGGCUAUGAACCCCGACUAUAAUAACAUAAACUUCCCAAACUUGAAGCGCGUGGAACUUAGCACCGUCUUCCCCAAAAACACAGAUCCCGAUCUAAUAAAUCUAAUAUCAAACCUACUCAAGUAUGACCCAACUGAACGCCUAAAGCCCUUGGAUGCCCUAACUCACGUGUUCUUUAAGCCACUAAUCGUAAAAUCCUCAAACCAUGUGACCAACUGCACAUCUUCUAGAGAGCAUCCAAACUCAAUGAACUCCGGAAUAUUAGAUGAACUCAUCGUGGACAUUAUUAACCCGAACCUGGUGCCUAACAACCUCGUCGAUUUCACUCCAGAGGAAUGCAACUAUAUGUCAACUCGCACCAAAGAAUAUUUUAAUCUAAUAUAA